AUCGAUGCUUGUAAGAGUUUGUUUUUAAUUUCUCAAAAAUAGCAAAAAAAAUCAAUUUUAUAAACAAAAUCGCAAACUCGGAAGAGCAUAACCCAGAAAACACCCACCAACAAAAAAUCCGCCAUCGAAACCAGGUCGGAACAGUCAAAUUCAACGAUAAACCAAGCAACAACAAAAUGGGUUAGAGUAAAUACAACACUAGUACCAUGGCAGUGAGAAUUUACCUAGAAAUAGGGCACGAAGCGUCAAUUCGGACGAAAAAGACCCAGGAAGGGUUCACCCAUGACUGGGAGGUAUUUGUGCGAGGAUGCGACGCAGCGGAGAUCCACUACUAUAUCGAAAAAGUUGUGUUUUAUUUACACGAAACCUUCCCCAAGCCGAAGAGAGUUGUGAAGGAACCCCCAUACUCGGUGAAAGAAUCUGGCUAUGCCGGCUUUAACCUACCCAUCGAUAUUUACCUGAGAAACAACAACGAACCCAAGAAGAUUAGGUUUAACUAUGAUCUGAAUUUGCAACAGUCAGGGCCUCCCAUCAUCAAAGUGCAAAAAGAAAAGUACAUUUUUAAUUCCCCGGCCGAGGACUUCCGGAUGAAGUUAUUAAAAGGGGGCGCUAUUAUUGGAAGUUCGUCAAGUAGUCAAGACAUGAGUGAUAGCAGAUCUUCACUCGAUGACAAAAAUCAAAUGACCAACAAACCCAAAUUGAGCGGGUGUGAUUUCGUAAAGAAGCAGAAAAUGAAAGUGGGGGAGCCGUGCAGAGACUUCCAGGAGCUCUUUGGGUCCCCAAUUAACAUGUCGUCGAAGAUGUCAGAGCAAAAAAUGCCAAUUCCAAAACCGGAAAACAAAGAGAAAUCUAGGACGAAACACAGCCCCCAUAAAGAAACCCACAAAGACAAAGAAAAAAAAGAUAAAACAGACUCAGACAAGAAAAACCGGGAUGAGAAGAAACAGAAAGAAAAAUCAAAAGAUCGCGAAAGAAGUAAAGACAAGAACUUGAAAAAGGACAAAUCGCCACGUCCUAAAAGUCCUAGUCCUAAAAGAUCACCGAAACGAACAAGUCCAACCCGUUUUUCUAGUCCCCCGGUUAUCAAACACAAAGAAUCUAAACACGAUAAAGAGAAAAAGGACAAAGUUGAGGAGAGAAAGCCAAAGAAAGAGAAAAAAAACAAGGAGCAUAAAGAGAGCAAACACAUAGAAGAGAGAGAAGAACACAAAGAGAGUAAAGUACGGAACGAGAUAAAAAAGGAUGAAAGUAAAGUUAAGAACGAUAGCAUGUCGCCGCCCCCACCCAAGUUAUCUGAGAAGAAAGACAAAUCAAAUAAAGAAAAAUCGUCAAAAGAAACCCCCAAAGAAGAUAGAUACUCAGAAAAGUACAAACACAAGAAACGAGACAAAGAAAAGAGGGAGAAAAAAGAGGAAAAGCCGUACAAAUCGGAAAAGAAAAUAGAAAAACCACCCCCUGAAACCAAACCCAGUUUAUUUAAACCUGAACCUCACGUGAAAAAGGAAAAAUUAAAUUACGUCAGUCAACCCAACAUUGAUGACGAAUCCUCGAAUAGUUCCACGUCGAGUUCAAACACUUCAUUGGUCGAACGUCCGUCAGAAAAGAAAAACAAACCUGAAAUGAUCAAAGCGAAAGAAGAAAAAAAUCAAAAACUGAAGAAAGACAAGGGCUAUCAAGACAACACGAUCAAGUGUAAGCGAAAAUCGAACUCUGGCGAAGGGGAAGAACCUCCAGAGAAGGUGGUGCUUAAGGACCAGGUUAUGAAUAAUAAUUCGGACGGGGAGCUAGAAACUCAAAAACCGGUGGUACCGAUAGUACCGGAAGGAGUGGAGGACGACUACUUUGGACUGCUGCGUGGCCUCCAGACUAAAAUAAUGGCACUCAAGGACAACUCAGAUCUCCAGAAAGUCGUCAAAUUGAUAGCUGAGACCGGUCGUUACGAAGUUUCAGCUCACACUUUUGAUUUUGACUUGUGUUUACUAGAUAGGUCAACAGUACAACAACUGCAGGACUUCUUUUCAAGUGAAACUUAAUUUAGUAAAUCGCUUUGUGUUGCAAUAUUGUUGACAUGAAUUUGUAUUUAGGUUACAAUUCACUUUUAGUGCAUGCAUUUUUGCAGUAUUUUUUACUGUGUGUGUUUAUUUUUGUUACGUUUUGUACCUGUUGUCAGAUUUUCCUUCUUUUAUGUUUCUUUUCUUUUAAGCGUUGCAUUUGCGUUGACUGUUGCCAGUUUGACUGCUGUUAUUUGUACACAUUUUAUUAAUAUGUACAGGAAUUGUGAUAAAUGCUAUUAUUUUUGUAAUUUUAACUUUAUGGUCGUGUUAUUAUUAUAAAGAUGUAUUGAGUCACCAUUAGAUAGAAACUGUUAUUCUGCAUGUUUUGUAUAUCUUAUUUCAAGCCAAUAACGUUUUGUUUAAAUCCAACACCGUUGCUUUUGCUCAAGUUGUAUGAAAGUAAGGAACAAGUGAGUUUGUUUAUAACUUUAUAGCGCCCGCAAAACACAGACUUUAAAAAAGUACAGGUUUGAAAUAAGAUCUCAGUGUAUAAAUCAUCUGUAAAAGAGUUAAUGUCAUUAUAUGGAGUCAUGGACGAGUUUCUUUGAUUAAUUUAUUCAAACAACAUCAGUCUGAAUAGAAUGACCACGAGUAUAUAACGGUUUAAAUUAUUUACGUACUAGGGAUACUUAUACAUUUGUAACUUAUUUAAUUUUAUCUGCAAUAAAAUGGAUGUAUAACAAG